AUGAACGGUGGAGAUGGUCCUUCUAGCUAUGCUCGCAACUCCUCCUAUCAGAGGGGAGCCAUUGACGCUGCUGAAGCACUACUUAGGAAGGAGAUCCACAAGCGGCUUGACCUCACUAACAAUACAUUCUCUUGUUUCAAGGUCGCGGACUUUGGAUGCUCCUGUGGCCCCAACACCCUUCUUGCUGUAGACAUCAUCAUUCAAGCGAUCCUCCACAAGUUCAGCUCCUCUAUGGCUAAUGUUAAAACCCCCGAGUUUCAAGUGUUCUUUAACGACCUCUCCCACACUGUUUUCAAUGCACUGUUUGCUUUGCUCCCUCCUCAGAGUCAGCGUCCCUACUUCUUGACUGGUGUCCCUGGCUCUUUUUAUGGAAACUUGUUUCCCAAGGCAUCUCUCAACUUGGCUUACUCCUCUUGUGCUCUCUGUUGGCUCUCCGACUUGCCACCAGAGAUAACUGAUACAACCUCUCCUGCUUACAACCGAGGCAGGAUUCAUUACACGGGAGCAUCAGCAGAGGUCGCACAAGCCUACUCCUAUCAGUACAAGAAGGAUCUCAAGUCUUUCCUUGUUGCAAGAUCACGUGAGCUCGCGGAAGACGGGCUGAUGGCAUUGAUAGUGCCCGGUGUACCAGAUGGGUUUCUCGAUUCUCAGGCUUCAACGGGAUCUGAGUUCGAUCUGGUGGGCUCAUGCCUCAUGGACAUGGCCAAAGAGGGAAGAAUAAAGGAGGAGGAUGUAGACAGUUUCAACCUGCCCAUCUAUUACACAACUCCAAAGGAAUUGGAAGAGAUCAUCAGAAGCAAUGGGGAGCUGAAAAUCGAGAAAAUAGGGACACUGGAUGGUGUGGAUGCACACGAGACCAUGCCUGACCUUGACUCGAGGGUCCUGUAUCUCAGAGCGGUGCUUGAAGGUCUAAUUCGCACCCACUUUGGCCAUCAAAUCCUUGACGAGCUGUUUGAACGCUACUCCCUCAAACUUGCCCGUUCCUCUUUCAUCCUCCAUCCUCAAACCCACAGAUCCAUCAUGAUCUUUACCCUUCUCACUCGCCUUCGUUACACCUGA